AUGGAGAAGCCUGGAGCAGGCAGGAGACUGUAUGAGUCAAAGGUUUGUCAGGCCCAUCACCAGUAGAUCAGCGUCAAGGUCUCUCCCAAGGGUACUGAGAUGAAAACAGAAGAGCCAACCCCGAAUCUUGGACAGACCCUGGAGUGGCUGAGGAAGGAGCUGGCUGAGAUGCAGAUCCAAGACCAGAAGCUCCUGGUCACACUGACGCAUCUUCACAGCAUCCUAGAGGAGCUGCGUUCUGAGAGUGCCCACUGGGAGGAUGCCAUGUCCAGCAGAGGGGCCUCACCCAUCAGAGCUCGAGCAGGCUCUGAAGGCCAGGGUCACAAGCCCAUGUCAUCCAGGCGGCUGGCCCAGCUCCUCCAAGGUGUAGACAGCAGACGAAGCUCCCUUCCUUAA